GGGUCUGGGAGCGUGAUGGCGGCUGCGGCAGCGGCGGCCGGGGGAGGUGGGGAGCGGAGCAGCACCCGGGAGCGGCUGCUGGCGGCGCUGGAGGAUCUCGAACUCCUGGCCAGGGAACUAAUCGAAAUUUUGGCAAUUUCAAGAAAUCAGAAACUUCCACAACCAGGAGAAGAGAGCCAGAUCCUGGAGCUGCUGAUUCAGAGAGAUGGAGAGUUUCAAGAGCUAAUGAAGUUGGCAGUUGAUCAGGGGAAAAUCCAUCAUGAAAUGCAGCUUUUAGAAAAGGUAGUAGAAAAGAGAGAUAAUGACAUUCAGCAGCUGCAGAAGCAACUGAAAGAAGCAGAGCACAUACUGGCCACAGCUGUUUAUCAAGCAAAGGAAAAGCUGAAAUCAAUUGAAAAGGCAAGGAAAGGUGCCAUUUCGUCUGAAGAGAUAAUUAAAUAUGCCCACAGGAUCAGUGCUAGUAAUGCUGUUUGUGCCCCUCUGACGUGGGUACCAGGGGACCCACGUAGGCCGUAUCCUACAGAUCUAGAAAUGAGGAGUGGUCUCUUGGGUCAGAUGAACAACCCAUCCACUAAUGGGGUUAAUGGACACUUACCAGGGGAUGCACUUGCAGCGGGCAGAUUGCCAGAUGUGCUUGCUCCUCAGUAUCCUUGGCAGUCAAGUGAUAUGUCAAUGAACAUGCUACCUCCUAAUCAUAGUAAUGACUUCAUGUUGGAGCCCCCGGGACACAAUAAAGAGAAUGAAGAUGAUGUAGAAGUGAUGUCAACGGACUCCUCAAGCAGCAGCAGUGACUCAGACUAGGUACAGGAGGGACGGUAUCCCUAGUAGACCUUUCCUGUGGUGAAGAUGCUCGACUGAAAUGACUGGGAGCUUUCUGCUGGAUGAGAGAUGUCAAAUUUCCAGCGUUGAUGUAAAUGUGUGAAUGUGUAUGUUUGCAAGAGAUGCGUGCGUUUGUACAUAUAUAUUUACUAUACAUAUUAGAUGACAACGUUCCUGGGACAAAAGGUGUAAGGGGAAUCCCCUUGUAUGUUUGCUAGUAACUCGACUCUUUUGAAGACAGCCUUUUCUACGGCACAGAAAUAAGGCAUAACAUUUGUAAUUUUAAUACCUUUUUUGUUACUGCUGAAAUGCAUGUUGUUGAUCACCUACUGUGUUCUGAGAACAAAAGUUUGUAAUUAUUGUAAUAUAUAAUAAACUCACCUUUGAUGUAA